AUGUCGGGGAUGAGCCAUGGAGGAGCGCCUAAAGCAGCGCGACCGACUCCAUCCGCUGUCUCCGCCUCCUCUGGUUACGACAUCGCCGACGCUGACCGAUCAUCCUCUUCCCACUUCCACCACACCUCCCAGUUGUCCGACGAUUUCUCCCUUGGUUCUCCCCUCAGUCCACCAGACUCCGCUCAUGUCCAGGACGGUUUGCUCCAAGACUCUCUCUUUCCCGAGUGGAGGAACGCUGCUCCCCGACACGGGGUAGAAAGCCCAGAUGAGAUGCAACGGAAUGAUCCACUGGCUACUCAGAUAUGGAAGCUCUAUUCUAGAACAAAAGCUCAGUUACCCAACCAGGAGCGCAUGGAAAAUCUCACGUGGCGCAUGAUGGCUAUGAGUUUGAAACGUAAGGAACGUGAAAGGCUUCAGCUGAAUCGUCCUUCGAUGAAGAACAGUGGCAGCUCGGGGCCGAGCGGUAUUGCCCAACUCCGUCAGUCCGACCGCCCUUCUUUUGAACGGCCAUCAACGUCCACCGAUCUUGCCUCCGAUCCCAUGAACAUCGACGACUUCAUCGUUCCUAUUGAGUCGCCAGCCGAUCGCCCUCGGUCACCUCCAGCAGAUAAAGCGGCGACCUCAUCCAUGGCGAUCCCCAUCAAGUCCCGCAAGGACCAAUCGGCCGAUUCCACUCCCGUGCCAGCCUCCUUCCCUCACCCACCUCAGGACCAGCGCAGAAACAACGAGUUUGGCUACGUGCCCCGCCGCGUGCGCAAGACAAGCAUCGAUGAGCGUCAAUUCUUCAAUCUCCAGAUUCCCACUCGCAAGCGGCCAGCCGAGUCCUCUCCGCAGGUGCCGCCCGUGUCAAACGCCAUCCUGGCUCAGGAUCCCCAUUUCUCGGCCGGUGUUCCUGAUUACACCCUUGAUAAUGCGUCCUCUGGAUUUGCUCUCGACCAUAAUACUCAAAACCACCACCACAACAAUAACCUUACGUCCCCUGCCGUCCCCUUCGGAUUGGACACUUUCAGCUUGGGCGAAGACCCGAUUCUGUCGUCGGCCGGUCCUUACCAGGCGCACUUUACUUUCUCUCCCAGCGACUCUCCCAUGACAUCAGCCAACCCGUUUGCGAACGUGUAUGCGCAGACCCCUAUUGCCUCGUCGCUUAAUUCGACCGAAUUCUUUUCUCCUCCUCCGUCGGGAUACCAGUCGUCCGUAUCGACACCUCAGCCCACAUACGAUGGAGAUCACUCCAUGUAUUUCGAUAUGCCUUCGAUUGAUGCUCGGACUCAACGGCGUAUUCCCAACUACAUUACCCACCGUUCGAACUUGUCCGCUUCACUGCAGCCGCGGUACAUGUUUAACAACAACACCGGUAGCGAGCAGCAGCACGCGAUGACCCACGCCAGCAACUCGUCAUCUGCUGUUCAUUCCCCGAACUAUACUAUCCCUCAGUCGCAACACGUCGACCCGACGCAGGUGUUAAAUCCAAGCGAUUUCCCUACGUCCAACUCUCAUGCCGGCAUAUUCUCAUUCGGUGCGGAUUCUGACAACGAAGAUGAUGAUGGCAACAACUACUCCGAGCGCGCAGGCCUGGCUAUGCCCGCAGACUUUGGUGAUGACAACGCUGGCGACAUGAACGGCUUGCACUGGGACGGUCAGUUCCCUGGAUCUUUCCACUCACUGUCUGGAUUCAGCGCGCAGCACCGGAAACAUGUCACGAUCGGCUCGGCAGACAUGAUGGACACUCCCAGCGAGUGGAACCAAGGCGGCAGUCUUGGCCGCACCCACGGAUCCGCUGCCUCGGUCAGUGAAGUGCGCAACCGCGAGCAGGACCCUCGUCGUCAGAAGAUUGCUCGUACCACGUCGACGCCUAACACCAACCAGCUGCUGCGCCAGAGCAUGAACAAUACUUCCCACACAUCGCCGAACACCCCUCCGGAAUCGGGACUCAGCAGUGCUGUUCCGUCCCGGCCGGCGAGCCCUGGUGGCUCUAAGAACGGCGAUCAGAGCAAUGGGCCAACCACCUGUACCAACUGCUUCACUCAGACUACCCCACUGUGGCGCCGUAAUCCCGAGGGUCAACCCCUCUGUAACGCCUGCGGUCUGUUCCUCAAACUGCAUGGAGUGGUCCGUCCACUAUCCCUGAAGACCGACGUCAUCAAGAAGCGAAACCGCAGUAGCGCCAACAGUCUUGCUGUGGGCGCGUCACGUUCGUCCAAGAAGUCCUCUCGCAAGAACUCCAUUGCGCAGGUCUCCAUGACGACACCUACAUCGAGCCGCGCACAGAGUGGCACUACAUCCGAGUCUCCACCAGCCGUUCCUGGAGGUGCGGCCUCGGCCGCUAGCAGGACCGCAGCUGCGAUGGGGAAAUCUGGUGUGGUCCCCAUCGCGGCAGCACCACCCAAGGCUACUCCUUCUACGAGCGCUGGACAGAGCCGUAGCACCGUUCAGGUGGCCCCCAAGCGCCAACGGCGUUUGGAGAAAGCCAGUGAGACGGAGGGGGCUGACGACAGCAACAAGCCCAGCACUACGUCUGGCGGCCGGUCCAAGGUAGUUCCAUUAGCACCUGCCAUGCCUCCGGCAGCGGUGAACCCGGCCAAUCAUAGCAUUGCUGGUGGUCAGGGUGCAAGCCAGGAAUGGGAGUGGUUGACCAUGAGUUUGUAG